AUGGAGAAAUUCAAGGCAGCCAUGGUUCUGGGUGCUGUUGGCGAUGCCUUGGGCUACAGGAAGGGCCGCUGGGAAGGCUGCAUCUCAGGCAAGAAGAUCCAGGAGGAGCUGGCCUCCCUGGGAGGACUCGGGGCCCUGAAACUGGUCCCUGACAGCUGGCCCCUGAGUGAUGCAACGCUGAUGCUCAUGACCACAGCAGAAGGUCUGAUAACAGAUUACUGGUGUCUGGAGGACCUGUACCGGGAGCUGGUGCGUCUCUAUGUGGAUGCCAUGGUGUCCCUCCAGGGCAGAGCCCCUGAUCCUGCCACAGUGGAGGGAUGUGUUCACCUCAAACCUCACAACUUCCUGCUCGCCUGGCACACACCCUUCAAUGAAAAAGGGUCUGGAUUCGGGGCAGCUGCUAAGGCCAUGUGUGUUGGAAUGAGAUACUGGCAGCCGGAGAGACUAGAGAACCUGGUGGAGGUCAGCAUUGAAAUCGGCAGAAUGACACACAACCAUCCCACAGGUUUCCUUGGUUCCAUGACGACAGCACUGUUUGCCUCCUACGCGAUCCAGGGGAAAUCCCCUGUGACCUGGGGCCGGGAGCUCAUGAAGGUCAUCCCUCGGGCAGAGGAGUACUGCAGGAAGACUAUCCGACACAUGUCAGAGUAUCAGGAAAACUGGUUCUACUUUGAGGCCAAGUGGCAGUUUUACCUUGAAGAGAGACAGAUAGAAACAGAAGAACAGAACAAACCUUUGUUCGCUGAUCACUAUAAUGCUGAGGAGACAGACAAGAUAUAUAAGCGUUGGAGCUCAGAGGGCCUUGCGGGUCGCAGGGGUCACGAUGCCCCCAUGAUAGCCUACGACGCCCUUCUGGCUGCUGGUAGUGACUGGUCUGAGCUGUGUAAACGAGCCAUGUUCCAUGGAGGUGAGAGUGAAGCCACAGGCCUGAUCGCAGGUUGUCUCUAUGGCCUCAUGCACGGCCUGAGCCAGCAGGUUCCCCCAGGCCUUUACCAGGAUCUGGACAAAAGACAGCGUCUGGAGGAGCUGGGGGAGGCGCUGUACAAGGCAGCAGCUACAGAGAAAAUAGACAAGUAA